CUCCUUCUCUCCGAUGCCGACUGGAUGCAGACCGGGGGAUUUCCAGCAGCUUCCUGAGUCUGUCCUCCCUCUCCUCCUUCCCCUCCUCCUCCUCCUCCUCCUCCUCCUCCUUCAGCAUCCGGAGCGUCUCCUCUUCUGCCUCCUCUUUUCUCCUGCUCCUCACCACCAGGAUGUGGCACUCGGUGGCUCUGCUCCUCUCUGGAUUCUCUGCGUUGAUCCACGUGUCGCUGCAGGGUCCUCACCAGAGGAACCUGCUGAAGAACCUCCUGAAGGACUACAACCGGAUGGAGCGGCCGGUGGGCAACGACUCCCACCCUCUCACCGUUGUCUUCUCCCUCAGCAUGAUACAGAUCAUGGACGUGGAUGAGAAGAACCAGGUGCUCACUUCUAACAUGUGGCUACGGAUGAGUUGGUUCGACCACUAUCUCCAGUGGAACCAGAGUGAACAUCCUGGAGUGAAAAACCUCCGCUUCACCACCGACCAGGUCUGGACACCAGACAUUCUGCUCUACAACAGUGCAGAUGACGACUUUGACUCUACCUUUAAGACCAAUGUCCUGGUGAACUCCAGCGGCUAUGCCGAGUAUCUGCCUCCAGGAAUCUUUAUGAGCACAUGCAACGUGGAUGUUCGCUGGUUCCCUUUUGACAUCCAGAAGUGUGAGCUGAAGUUUGGCUCUUGGACGUACGAUGGCUGGCUGCUGGACCUUCAGAUGAAUGAUGCCGACAUCUCAGGGUACAUGCCCAAUGGAGAGUGGGACUUAAUAGGGGUUCCCGGCACCAAAAACGAGGUCUUCUAUGAUUGUUGUAAGGAGCCUUAUCCGGAUGUGACGUUUGUCGUGACAAUACGGCGACGGACGCUAUACUACGCCCUGAACCUGCUCAUCCCCUGUGUGCUGCUGUCUUCAAUGACCCUGCUCAUCUUUGUGCUGCCAGCUGACUCUGGGGAGAAGAUCUCACUGGGAAUCACCGUCCUGCUGUCUCUUACUGUGUUCAUGUUGCUGGUCGCAGAGAUCAUGCCAGCCACAUCAGACUCUGUCCCUCUUAUAGGUCAGUACUUUGCCAGUAUAAUGAUUAUCGUUGGGAUGUCAGUCAUCGCCACAGUGGUGGUUCUGCAGUACCAUCACCACGAUCCAAAUGGAGGAAACAUGCCGAAAUGGGUGCAGCUCGUCUUGCUGCAGUGGGUAGCAUGGUUCUUGCGUAUGAAGCGACCAGGAGAGAAUGACGACCCAGAGCGGCCCCCAUGUGCCCCCCACUUACGACGGUGCUCCUCUGGAUCCCAGAGCGGGAGCAUCCCAAACCCUCCGGACCCCACCCUCCACCCGCUGCACCCGCAGAACCUGGCCCCUCUCCAAACAGGGCCUCUCCAUGCGGGGCAUCCUCACCUCCACGCCCAGUCCAGCGCUAACAACAACGGGAACCUUCUUUACAUGGGCUACCAGAGCAUGGAGGACCCUUCAAUGCUCUCAGAGCCUCUCCAGAGGAAUAACAUCUCCGCAGGGCCUCCACGGGUAGCAGGAAGCCCGCCUCCACACCUCCCUUCUCAGUUCUGCAGCUCCCCACCACCUCCUACCCCUAAUAUGGAUACUGUAGGCUGCCCCAGCACUGUUUCCAGUGGUGGGGGCUUUGGAGGUGGCCCCGGAGGUCUUGGAGGGUGCUCGACUGUGGGGAUAGGAGACCCCCAGCUACAGGCCAUCUUGGAGGAGGUGCGUUACAUGGCAGACCGUUUCCGGGAGCAGGAUGAGGCAGAGAGCAUGGCCGACCAGUGGAAAUUUGCAGGCGCUGUAAUCGAUCGUCUGUGUCUGGUGGCAUUCAGUGUUUUCAACAUCAUAUGCACCAUCUCCAUCCUCAUGUCUGCUCCCAACUUUGUGGAAGCUAUUUCGAAGGACUUUGUUUGAAAGCAAGGGGGAAAAAAGAGGAGGGGAAGCGUGAAGGAAAGGAUGAGGGGAAUUAAAUAUAGGAUGAAGGAUGGAGCGGGCCCGGAUCCAAGGAAACCCAAUUUCCAGCGGACUGUAGGCUCUGUGAUUUGUGAUUGUGAGGAACUUGGAAAUAGAAAAAAACAACAAAUGGUUUUCUUUGCAAUACAUUCUGUUUUGUAACUGAAAUAUAGGAAGAAAACAGAUGAGGAAGGGGGCACAGAGUGAAGUUAAAAUGAGAUAAGGGUGAGCAGGGUGCUUUAUCAGAUUCUUGACAAGGUGAAAUGGAUUGUUGUGGUUAAUUCAAAGACUUUCUCCCCAAAAUUAGGGGGAAGAAUGAGUCAGAGAGAGAAAAAGAAAGAGAUUAUCAGUCCAAUGCAACCUCAAGUAAGAAAGCUCUUAAAGCGAGGGAGAGAUUGAGAGAGUAAGAGGGGGAAAGAGACAGGCAGACAGAUAGAGUCAGAUAAAUAAGACAGACAUUUGGCUGUUUUAUUUUCCUGAGGAGGAAAGACAGUCCUUCACUCCCACAUGUUGAGAACAGACUGCAUCAUUUAAAGUGAUGUGAGGAGCAGAGGGCGGGGAGAGGAGAAAAAGACUUUUACAAGGACAGACAACAAAGACCAGUCGUGAAGGACCGAGACAUCAUCCCUCGUGACACUGGCAGAGUUAGGUGGAGUAAGCAGCUUGAUGCUCGGAUACACAAUAGUGGACUGGAGAUCAGGAAGCAGAGAGGAACAGAACAGGAUGUCAUCUAUUAUUCAAUCACAACCGUCUAAUGACCGUCAAAUUGAAAGACCUUGGAUAAUCUUUAAGACUAAUAAGCUUUUAAAAGAUGAAGUCCCCUCUCUGCUCGCAAACCACUUUAAAUUUCCAGGGCCUUAUCUCUCUGAGACGAUUGCCAAUCUGCAACAAUCAGCAGAGAUCAAAAGCUCCUCAGCAGCGGGCACAGUGCAGUGCUUAUCACAACCGGGAAACUGAAUUAACCGGUCAUCAACAACGCAAUGGCCAGUGGCUGCACCACAGUGGAAACUUGAGCCAAUAAUAACUCAUGAAGCACUUACCUAACUGUGUCUGGCAGGUCCUAAUAGACCAACAGAUCUCAUUGGAUUUCAUAUUAAAGGUUUAAUAACUGAAAUGAGAGGUCAGGUCUUUAAAAGAACAUGCGAGGUACCAAAAUGGGAUAAGAUCAGUCAAAAUCCCCAAAUUUAAAUGGAGAGGCAACAUCCCAUCACAUUUUUGUCAGAUCCCUUCAGGGGGUUUAAAGCUUCAUCAGUGAUUUCUCAUGGAUCUAAUAUGAAAGAUGAGUUUUUAAUGGAGCUGUAUCUUCAUGAAAUUGAGUUCAGUUGAUAAAGUGUUGAUUUAAAGGGUCUUAAUUCAAAGUACAGCUUUCAGCCACAGGGCAUCUGCAGAAAUUGGUCCCUAAUAAACAACACAUGUCUUUAGUUACUUUGGGUUUGAGGGAAUUUGACUUUCUUGUGUCUGCGAGCAGUUUGAAUGUACGCUGAAUGCAAGGGUAGGCUAGUUUAAUUCAUGCAUCUCUAUGGGUUCAAAUGUUAAAAUUUUCCAAGGAUGUCUGUCUGACCUGACAAGGACAGAAUGUAUUACACAAUUCAUAAUAAACCAACACAUUCUUAUCCCAGGUCAUCAAAUACCGACGCUUUGUUACAUCCCCUGUGUGUAAUAGCGACGCUGAGAUACACCUCAUGACGUCUGUAUAUGUUUUUGUUUCAAAUAAGUACCUAAGGUGUCCAAAAUACACCACGUGAGUGACAUUAAUACGUCAUGGAUGGACCGAAUUUACUUAAUGUUGCGUUAAAACAGCCCUGACUUUUGGUUUCACACUCUCCUGGAUGAAAAUCUGUGUUUGUUUGACUCGUCCACAUCCCCUCCCUCCAGCCCUACACAGACUCUCUCGCUCUUUAUACUACUGCAGUUGCUCUGAGCGUCAAAUACUACAAUAUAUUGCAAAUAUUGGAAUUAGUUAAAGCCCAGUGCAUUUCAUGGAGAUGCCAAAGGGUGCCUCGGUGUUUGACAACCUGGGAAAGAGAACUGGCUGGAUUAACACAGAAAUUACAUUAUGCCAAACCUCCAGUCUGUUUUUUGUUUACCUACUCCGGCUGUGUCCAACAUCAUUUCUGUUUUACUAUAGAGUUUCUUAACCCUAACCUACAGUGGAGUGUCUGUGGCAUGUAACAUCUCUGCAAACAUCCCACUAUUCCACUGGGAAUAGUGAAGCGUUAGUAAGGGUGUUAUUUUGGUCACAGCCCAAGGGAAUAAGAGAAGGAUAAAUCGUUCAAAAUACCUAGAAGCAACUGAAAUCAACCUGGAAGUACCUUCAGCACUGCCUCUCUGUAUAAUUCAGCAAAAGUAAUUGCUGAGUCUUCCCAAUGCAUCGCUGAUUUCAAGAUAAUGUCACAUUCUCUUUAAUAUUAGUUUUCAUGUGGAUAUAGCCAGUGGAAAUGUAUAAUUUCAGGAAAUAAAUCUAACUAUUGGAUCUUUCUGUAUUUGUGAAAACAGUAGUAUAAAUAGUAGUUUACUGCAUCAUGCACAUAUACUGUAGGUGCCCAGCCCACACACAUAACAUAACUGGUGAAAACAAACAAAGCACUAAACCCUGGAUAAAGUGUAUUUCCCUGUAUUUGAGUGGCAGAUACCUAUGAAAUGAGCAAAGCAAGCUAAGCUCACUACUCGACCAUACAUUCAAACUGUAAGCAGACACAUUAUCCCUCCUCAAAACCAAACCACCCUAAAAUGAUAAGGCUGGAGUGACUGUAUAAUUUUGUAUUGUUAACAAAUCCCAGAAAGAAAAACUCCUUAAAACAGGUCACAAGCAUGUAUUUUCAUUUGAUUUUAAACAAAAUUUAACUAAAGUUUUUUAGCAAAAAAUGGUCAAACAGGAGUAAGUAGUGCAUUUUGUGGGGACUAUUUUCAGCUGCGGAUUAACACACAUUUGGUGCUCUAGGGAGUAUUUACAACAGCAGGACUGUGUAUGUAGGACUGACUCUACAUAAACAACCAUUUUUAAAAAUUGUAAUUAAGGAAUAUUCAGGUGUUGUUGGAUUUGCCACAGAGUGCUGCAGAAAUGAGUCCAAAAACGUGGAAAUGUGUUUGCACUGCGUGUUCCCUUGUCUUGAAGUCAACGGGUUUUUUGAAAAGGUUUUAACAACAAGGAUUUUAACACAAGCGAGACAUUGACAUUUUGUUCUGUGGCAUAAAAUACAUCAGUAAAUCAAUGUAUCUUCAUACAAUAGUUUGUGUGAUGAAUUAGAGCCCAACGAAUGAGGUUACAUAUUUAAUGUUAAAUUACUCAAGUUAGGUUUAAGCCAGUAAAUUUACUGUGGUUAUGUUUAGGAAAAGAAACAUGGUGAUGACAUACCUUUAAAUGACUCAAAGUUCACAAGCUAAAGUCCUGGGAAAUUUUUGUUUUGUGACCCAUCGACAACCUCAACCUGCCUCCUCACAGGACCGUUUCCUUCUUUACUUCCAUCAGUGCAUUGGUCAUGUGAUUGCAGCCCUCCUAAAUGUGGGUUAUACGCAAAUUACUGGCUAAUGAAUAUGAGGGACAUGUAAGAAUUUUGGUGCAUUCAUUUUUGUAGAAAAACAUAGGAACAGUGCAUGAGAACAGCCUGAGUUAUAGUCUAAUGUUAGCUUUUUAUUUUUUACUAUGAUUCGUUAACGCUUCAAAAAUCAUCAAAGUGUUUAUUUGUGAAGAUUAUGUUGCUGAACACUUUUCAGUAUGAUAAACAUUUGCUUACCAAAGAGCUUACUCUCUGCAAUAAUCUAAAAUCCAGUGGAAAAAAUCCCAUUGGCUUUUUGUCAAGGGAACCAGGGCGACACUAAGGACGCAUUCACACUGGCGCUAUUUGGUCCGCUUUAAACGCACCCUGGUCCGCAUCCACGGAUAGUUUGGUUUGUUUGGAGUGGUGUGAACGCUCAUUCGAACUCUGGUGCAGACCAAACGAGCGAACCCUGGUCCGCUUGAAAACUGGGGGUCUCUGUUCACUUGCAAGUGAACCCUGGUGCGGGUUGCUUACAGUGGGAAAUGCAAAUGGACUAUUCAGCGAACCAAAGAGAGGAAGUGAACCAAAGAAAGGAAGUGAUGUAGAAUGCAGUGCAUUUUGGGUAGAAAAAAACAAAGCCAACAGCAUGAACUGGGAGAGGCAGAGGCAAAAAAAGAAAAAGUUGGAAAAUGUCUCGUGGGCAGACGUGGAACAGUGAGGAAGUGCAGGUGCUCAAUGAUAUAUAGUCAUAGGACUAUGGCUGGCUGUCGGCUCAAGGGGAUGGAUUUCUGUUUUUGGUCCUGGCCAAUCGAUGAGCCGGGUUUUCUUCUUCCUCAUGCUUAUUUUCUUCCUGGUCAGUGGUCAUUUUGGGCAAUACCGCCCCCAAACGAGCAGCUGUUGUAACUGCGUGAUGUUGUCCAGGCGGUUUGGUCCACUUUAAAAAGUGCAGUGUGAAAGUGAACCGAACCAAAUGAAGGUGUGAAAUUUUUCAUCAUUCCCUGCCCAAUCAAACUGAAUCCCCCGGACUAUCCUGGUGUGAAUGCACCCUACCUCCAGGUUGGCCUACAAAAAAAAGUCAUCCCUGCAGCACUACCAAGUGGCAACCUCCAGGGCUGGAAAAUAAAGCCAACGCCAAAGUGCCAAAACUACAGUUCCUUGAAUGGCCACUUGUAAAAAGUAAAUCUCCACAGAUAUCCUUUUAAAAAUGCCUAAAUUUACAUUAGAAAUGAAGACAUUUAUAGCCUAGUACAACAAAACGUUUUGCUCUCUAUAUGUCCCAUUCAUGACAACUGCAGGCGAGGUAAAAUGUUCAUAUAACUAGCCUGUUUAAAUUUUAAGACCUAAAAUUUGUAUAAUUAAGGGUGUGACGGCUUUGAGUGUCAGGCUGCCUGCAAGGUAUCGCCACAGUCUAUUAGUCAAAUCAACUGCUCGCUCCUCUACACCCCCAUUCUUUCGCCCAAAUAUGGUCACUUCUGGCUCCAAAAAUCCAUGAUGGCCAACAACGGCCAAAAUGCUGAAUUGGAGGCUUCAAAAUGGGAGUUCAAAAACCAACUGGUGAUGUCACUGUUAUUUAUAUACAGUCUAGGGUGUUUUCAUGGGAUUUGAUGACAAUACGAAAUAUACUGUAUAUAUUAUAUCAACAGCUUUAUCCUUUAAGAAAUCCAUUGAAGUUUACUCAACGCAAAGAUCCAAUAAGACAAAAAAGAUUUACUACAUUCCUGACCUACACUGUCUCUAGUGGCUAUACACAUGCAUUAUUUCAGUAUGAAUUGCUACAUAGACUGUAGAGACAGUUGUACAAAUACUUUAUCUCUACACCUCUCUUCAUCUUCUGUCUCCUCUCUCUUCCUCUCUAAAGUCAAAUCUCCUAGCAGGCAGAAAGUAAACUUCCUGCCAGGGGGGUUUGUUGAAGGAUGUUUUCCUUCCAGCACAUACUGACACCUCAACACUCACAUCUGUA